AUGUCCAAUCGCCGCCAUGCUGAGCCACUGCUUCGGCUCGAAAUAGCCUUGACCGCUCGUGGUAUACCUACCUACAUUCCCGAACCAGAAUCCGGCAAACGCAGCGGCAACAUACGACAUAGCGACCACCCUACCGACUUCAGUCAUCUUGUUCCUCCACAGUCGUCUGGCGGCGAUCAUAGACUUUGGAUAACUGAUCGGAUUAUGGAGCCUCAGACGAUCCCGCAUUUCUUGGAGUUUCUUAUGCACGGUUGUCUUCCUGGUGGUGACCGCAAAACAUAUCGGCCACUACUCACCGUUGAGGAGGCCAGAAACAUGAGCAAGCCAUUCACUGACUGGGCGCCUGCACCAUUUAAUAUUGAGCAAAGAUCGACUUUUGACUGGGUCGGCAUCCGUAUCGGGUCACACGAGGAUUCGGCGCGCCUUUGGCGGGUUGCCAAAGAGCUUCAUGCAAUGAAGUCUAGAUUGUGGGAAGGUAUACCACCUCUUUCUGAAAGACGAUGGAAAGAGUUGCAACUCGAUGACCCAGAGAACUUUAAAGAUGCUUGUCAGUACUUUGUCGCAGUUCUAGACGUCUUCGCCUACCUCAACCAUUCACGAACCAAGAAUGCUCUACGAACAACCUACAACCUGAUAUGGGAUCACCUGAGAGUGUUCGAGCAAGCUGUUAACGCGAAGCGUAAAGCAGAAAACGAGGUGUACGAAGAAGUCUCAGUGACUGGCCUUUGGUAUCAGUACAUCAGGGCCCAUUACGAUUGCAUUUGCGACAGUGCUCAUCAAUGGGUCAUUGAGCACAUCGAUCGUAUCCGAGAACCAUUGGUACUUGAGAUGGGCAGCCAUAAAUCUUCGCACGAGACCGAAGUUGAUGCCAGGCAGAGGGAGAUGGCGGACAAGAUAGACGAUUUAGGUCGAAACACGGCUGAAGCGGAUUACAUGAUCUUUAUGCCGACAGACGGCUACAAAGGCGACAGUUCCUCCGCUAAAGAGCGUGAACCGCUAACGGAAGCCCACAAAAAAGUGUUUCGCAAGGACCCAAUCUCGUGGUCUGCCAAUAUCAACUGGCGGAUAGAAGAUUACCAGGAACGAGUCCGUUAUCUUGACAAAAAAGAGACGUACGAGUAUUAUCUGCGUGAGGGCGAUUCAUUUCAACCAUCUAUCAAUGAUCCCAGGUGUCUCCUUAUCACAUGCAUCAGUCACAUCGAUGCGCAGACGACAGCUCGGUACGAACUGAGAGGUCCUUCAGAGCCCCAGAUGGACCGCUGGAUUGAGUACGCUCGACGGCCGCUACCCCGCGUGAAAGGCUUUGCCGCCUUUCGGUUGUGCCACAAGCAUGACGAAAAGAAGUGGAACGAGUUCAAAACGAAAUUCGAAGUUGAUGUCGCCGAUUGGGGACUCGGAAAGAAAGAUAUCGACGAUGUGCGGAAAGGUUGCAAAAUCCACUGGAUUGAUGGAAAGCAGGAGACUAUAAAGGAUGCGAAAAGGAAAUUCGAGAGCGUCUUGCCAAAUCUUCCUGUCCACCAUCGAAUGUUCCUAGCUAUCGACGAGGCCACGAUACAGUCAUAUCUCGAGCGAAAUGCCUCCAAGUUCGUUCUUGCCGUUGAUGCACAAUAUGGAUCGAUAGGAGAAGACGGAGAAGAGGAGGAGGAGCCUCCCAGCGAACAGGAUCAUGAGACUCCCGGUUACGAUGGAACAGUGCGAAUACUGGGAAGUCUUUUGUGGGACGAAUUGGGUGCAAUGCAAACUACCCAGGGUGUAUUACUCAAACAUCUAUGGCCUUAUGCGAUGAGCGAUGUCGAGAAGGUGUACAGAGGGUACAAGCCUGGAACCGUGUUGAAGUUCCAGAGCUAUGAGGAAACAAUGGCGUGGAAGGUUCUCAAUGCUGUUUUGCCUUUUGCAAUUAGGUUGGCGGCGAGAAGGGGUGGAUCACGACGUGCAAACUCAUAA